AUGAGCCACUAUGAGCCUAUACGAACUACCCUCUUCGAACCCUCAUUGUCGCGCCUCCUCUCUGUAGCCCACUUCCAUCUCACCCUAGCUCACCCACCGCUAGACCCUCCCCAUCUCAGUUCUAGAUCGUCGCGGCGCAACCAUCUUCAUCGCGAACCGCCUCCCCUCACCGGAGCUGCGAACCCAGUUCAAACUGCAACGUACCAUAGAAACCCUUACAGCCAAAGCACCGUGUCAACCACCAUGAACCAUCAGCAAUUUGCCUUUAACCACUUUGCUGUAACCAACAACUGCUGCGCGCCACCUAAGUUGCACCAAUGCCGCAGCAGCCACCGCGAUGCCCUCGACGACCACCGUGAAUUGCAGGCUAGUGAUUUGAUGCAAGGUCAUGGACCAAAAGCUGAGGUGGUUCCUUGA